AUGCAACGUUCUUUGGCCAAUGAUCAAGCCGGACAGUUUCUUCUUCGACGUCUUCAACGCUUGGGCGAUCGAUUGAAGACGAUGAACGAUAGCAAACAAUUCCAACGGACACUUCAACUGUUUCAUCAACAUCAAAAAAACAAUAACGGAACUCUGUCAAGUUUUUCGAUUACACAAGCUCUGAAAGCAUGUGCCCAUCUGAAAGAUAUUCGAAGUGGUAAAGCGAUUCAUGAUCUUGUUUCUUCACGCACCAAAGAUGAUCAAUACAUAGUAACAUCACUCAUCCAUAUGUAUAUGCAAUGUGAUGAUAUUCGAAGUGCUAAAACACUGUUCGAUAAUACGGAUACAAAGGAUCCAUCUAUGUACGGUGCGAUGAUGAAAGGAUAUCUGAAAAACAAUGAAGCAGAGAGAGCAUUCGAAAUUUUUCAUCAAAUCAAAACUCCGAGUGAGGUGAAUCUUAUUGUAUUCUUCCAAGUUUGUGCAGAUCUGAAGACCCAACGAGCAUUGGACGCCAUGAAAAAGGUGUUACAGCAAACACGAAAGUCUUUUCACUCAAAUCAUCGUCUUGUUACAUCGUUAUUAAAUGCAUUGGUGGAAUGUGGAGAUAUAGCACACGCUGAGAAAAUAUUCGACACAAUAAAAGCAAAGUCACUUCCUAUGUACGGUGCGAUGAUGAAAGGUUAUAUCGCAAGUAAUCAAGCAGAAAAAGCUGUUGCUCUUUUCAAACAGAUCGAAUCUCCUGAUGACAUCAUUAUAAAUCUUUUAUUUAACGCUUGUGCUCAUCUACGAACAAAAGAGGCACUCGAUCUGACAAAAAACGUUUAUAAAAACUUACCAACAUUUCUUUUUUCAAAUGAAUAUGUGACCACUUCUUUAUUGGAUGCAUUGAUCAAAUGUGGAGACAUGUCCACUGCAGAGAUCGUUUUCUCGAAAAUGAGAAGAUCAGCGAUCGCUUAUGGAAAUCUAAUGGAUGGAUUCAACAACGAAAAACAAGGGAGAAAAACAAUGAAAUUGUUGUAUCAAAUGAAAAGUGAAGGUUUCGAACCGAAUCUGAUUAUUUAUCUUUGUGUUAUCAAAGCUUUGACAAUCAUCGGUGAUUAUUCAUUAGCUGAGUCUAUCAUAGAACAAGCUCCUGAUUUAUUAUUUCGUGAUAGUCAGCUUCAGAAUGCUUUGAUUGAUAUGUGGGGUAAAAUUGGAUGUGUAGACAAAGCAAAGGAAACGUUUGAGAAGUGUUUUGAAUCAAAUGAAUUUACGUACACUGCCAUGAUAAAUUGUUAUGGGUUAAAUGGAAUGGGUAUACAGGCUCUCGAACUUUUCUUCAAGGUGCCGAAGAAAUUUAUUGACGAAGUAGCUUUUAUUUGCAUAUUGAAUGCAUGUUCGCAUUCUGGUCUUGUCAAUGAAGCUCGUUCAAUUUUUCGAAGUAUUGAAGAGAAAACACUGCAAAUUAAGACGACUAUGAUUGAUUGCCUUGCUCGUGCAUCUUUGUUCGAUGAAGCACAGACGUUGAUCGAUGAAUUCGAACGUUCGCAUCCACCCGUGAUAACUAUGCACAUGGCAUUGUUGUCGGGUGCAAGAAAUGAUAAGAAUGCUCAGUUAGCACAGAAUAUCUAUGAUCGAAUGAAGAAAUUGUUUCCAAUUAUGAAAAAUCCCUUGACAGCAGCUGAAGUUCUUCUUGCAAACACUUAUGCAUCGUCUGGUGACAUUGAAAAGGCAUCACAUAUUCGAACUCAACAGAGCAAAUCCGGAGCCAAGAAGAAGAUCGGUACAUCAACGACUGUAGUUGAUGGAGAAAUUUAUGAAUUUCGCGCUCAUGACACAUCUCAUCCUCGAUCAGACGAAAUCUAUCGCGAAGUGCAGAAAAUGUCAGAAGAAUUAGUCGCACAUGGCCAUGAGUACGAUUCCAGUUGGAUAACUCGAACGAUGGGUGAAGAUGAAAGUGUCGAAUCGGUUCUCUGUGGUCAUAGUGAGCGACUUGCGAUGGCAUGGAAUUUCGUGGCUAAUCCUCAAGCGAAACGAAUUCAAAUCACGAAGAACUUGAGAGUGUGUGGCGAUUGUCAUCAAGCGACAAAGUUGAUCGCAGCGAUUCGUCAAUGUGAAAUAAUAACCCAUGAAUCAUUUCAUGAGCAAAUUGUAUCCUCAAUGAUCAAGGAAAAACAGUUACAAUUUUUCGAUGAAGAACAUCGUGAUAAAGACGAAACCGAUCGACCAGUGCUGACCCGUUCAAUUCUAGGUGAUUCAAUUGAACAUCAAAAUCAUUGCGAUGACCACCAACGAAAAGACAUCUCAUUAAUCGAUAUGAAGCUUCAUCAACUUGCUGAAAAUUGUCAAUUAUCAUUAUGGAUAGUAACACAAGCAAAGCUCACAAAUAUGAUUGAUGGAAUCAUUUAUAUGGUUGUUCGUGAUAAAUUCGAUCGUCACAUUCGUUUAGUGAUUAACAAUUGGUCGUAUUUCGUCAUAACAAAUGAAGUGAAAUCAAUGGAAUCUCGAUUACGCAUUCUCGAUGAGCUUUUACCGAUCGGUAGCAUGAUUAAAUUACACGAUCCACUUUUGACUCAUUGUUCGAUUGAUAAUCAAGUAACUCUUCACUGUAAUUCACCAAAUAUUGACCUGAUUUUAUGUGACCGAAUUAAAAAAUGUUUUGUUCUCGAUAAGCUCGAUGAUUUACGUGAACGUGGUAAUCAAGCUUACAUUCGUGGCGAUUUACAACUUGCCGUUGAUUAUUAUACAUAUGCUAUCAAUCGAAUCAUCACGAUGGCUGGAAUGACAAUGGCAAAAGAUGAUGAUUAUGAAUUGAAUUUGUUUCAAAAUGCAUUUCAAAAUGAUCUUGCUCGAUUACAUGCAAACCGUUCAGCGUGUUAUCUACGUCAACGUCUUUAUUCCGGUGCAAGUACAGAUUCUGCUGUUGUUGUUACUGGCAAAUUUAUUACUAACACAUCGGAUGAUUUGUUUCUUAAAUGUCUGUAUCGAUUAAUCUGUUCAAACAUUGUAUUAGAAGAUUUUUCGUUUCGAAUUCUUCAACUACUUGCCCUUACUGAAACGGAUAACAUUCAUCCUCAAUUACGUUGGAAAUACGCACCGGAUUUUGAUCAACUGAACUCAAAUUUGACUCGCAUAAAGGACGAAUGUGCACAUGGGAUUUACGAUGUGAAAAAGAUGUUUCAUCAGCAAUAUUUCGAUCAAAAAACUGUUUUUGAUUUUGAAACAUUCCAUUCCAACUUCGAUAACACAUCAUUGAUCAAAAAACGACGUGACCAAACUUAUGCUAAAUGUGCCAUUCCAACUGGAACAUUACUUCUUGUACAGAAUGCAUUUGUUUAUGUUAAAUCAGGCGACAAUGAACAAGAACGAUUAUUGAACGAACUGGAAAAACAUUUAGCUAUGGCACCAACUCCAAAAGAGUUCGAUUUGAUACGAAUGAUGCCACUUAUUCAUCAAUGGUUUGAAAAUGAAACUGAUGCUGUUCGUGAUGAACAUGAAACUUAUCCAACAGCGAUUCCGUUGAGUUUGUUACGCAAAACUCAAGAGAUGAAUCCUUUUCGAACGAAAAAUUUAGUUGGCUGGUGGCCACAUGCGUCUGUUUUCCGACUUGCACAUGAUUCUCAACAGAAAUCGAAUUGUUUGUGGUUUGUCUGUGGUAAAACAAUCUUCUUAUUUAGUUAUGUACCAAUCAGUAAAAACGAAGAAAUCAUCGUGGCGAAUUAUCACAAAAUUGGCUCAUUUUUGAACGAUAAUCGAACAGCAUUUACGUUUUUAUUUGGCAAGAAAACUCAAGUUCGAUUGAAUGAUAUUUUUGAUGAACUCAAACAAACACAAGUUUAUUUUUCUAUGUAA